UAGCGAUUGUUUUGAUAUUGUCCAGUGCAUUCGAUGUAAUUAUAAGAGGGAAUAUUAAUAAACUAGCGUUGUCAAAAAUGGUUUUAGCAAAUGUGCUACUAUUAAGCCAAAUUGCUGGUCAUGUAAUAUUAGUUAUAUUAUCGUUGUGCAUGAUGGUGCCUCUUGGUAUGAGUGUCCAUGAAUUUGGUGGGCACUGUUUGCUUUUUACAACUGGUAAAUGGCGUGAAGAGGAUGGAAUGUUUGAAGUAAAAUGGUCUUCAAGAAGUUUUUGCAGCUUUCCACUUUUUACUGCAAUGUUUCUAUUCUUGAUUUCAACUUUACAGAUUUAUCGAUACUCAAGAAUGAAAGAAGAAGCUUCGUUUCUUUCUUUAUUCAUUGACGUUGUGGUUGGUAUUUGGAUGCUAGCAUUUUCAAUUCUGUCUGCAAUUAUGGUUACUUUAGGAUUUAUUGUAUGGUGUGAUGGUAUGACUGAACGAUUUCCGUCAUGUGAAACAGCAGCAGGACAAAAUAUAAUUCACGGAGACCAAGACCAUAUUGACACAUCUGACUUCUAUAUAGAAAUGGGGACAGCUCAGUUCGGCGCUUGGGGUUCUUUUGCAAUAUCAGUUGGAAUAGGUGUUAUAGCACUUCUUAAACUCAUUCAAAAUCAUCAAGUGCGUAAUAUUAAAGUUUCAAUGUACUUGGAACGUCAGAAACUAGUAAAUCAACAUCAGCAUCAAUUAGAUGGACAAUCUACAACACCGACAGUUUUUGAAGAUAAUAAUAAAUAAACGUUAUAUGUGAUAUAGAUAAUUUUAAAAAAUUGUUUAAACACUGCUCUCAUGUUGUACAUUAUACAUAUGUAUAUAUUUUUUAUGUUUGCAUUUUAAUCGAAAUAUUGAAGUUAUAUUACAUUAGCAAUUUUAUCAGUUGAAAAAUUCAUCCUGCUCUAUUAUAUUUAUAAACUUAUAUAAAGUGAAUUAAAAAUUAAAAUAAAGUGAUUAAGUUUAAUGCCAAAAGUUCAA